AUGGCGAAGGCUAAAGUAAAUAAAAAGUUGGGAGUAGUAGGAGUAGAGCUACCUGAAUGUCCUGUUUGCAUGGAGGUUAUGUCAGCACCAAUAUUUCAAUGUCAGUCGGGACACAGUCUUUGUAAUUCCUGUACUAGGAACUUGUGUCCUCCUAACUGCCCUAUUUGCCGCCAGGCAAUGACUCAAAUGAGAAACUGGCAGCUAGAAGACCUAAUCUCAAAGGCUACUGUUCCUUGUCCUAAUAAAGAUGUUGGCUGUACUUACACUAUGGUUGCUAUGAAUGUCGAAGAUCAUCUUAAGGAAUGUAUAUACCGUGAAAUGCAAUGCCCACUGGGCAUUAUUUUUGGCAGAUGCUCGUGGUCAGGAAAACUAAGAGAGAUGCUGGAGCACUUUAAGGAACGUCAUCCUCAAAAUUGCAAUAUUAGCGUGAACACUGAUAUUCAUCUAAAUAACAUCUCUGUAUCGGUAGAUGAUCGUUACAUGUACCUUGUGAAUCUACAAAAGUUCUUAUUUAUUUUAUCAAUAAAAAUGGAUACUUGUCAAAAAAUGGCAUAUUGGGCAAUACAACAUAUUGGUAACAAAAAAACCGCCCAGCAGCAUACAUAUGAGAUUAAUAUUACAAGCACACAAGAUGAACGGCGUAAAGUUAUAUUUUCUGAUACAUGUUAUAAUGAUGCUUUUGAUACUAAUGAAAUUUUCCGUCAAGGAAAAUGUGGUGUUAUGCCACUCAAUAUGUUGUCUCAUUUUAUAAAAGAUGGAAAACUAAUGUUUCAAUUUAACAUAAUCAGAAAUCAAUCUAACUUUAAAAACAGAUAUAAGAGUAAUGACCCUAACACGGGAAACAAUCAAACACAUAAAGGACCAAAAGGCCAGCCACAAAAUAGGCCUGGACCACACCCUGGAAACAAUAUCAGAUCAAAAAGUCCAUCUGCAUUUAAGAAUCAACAAAAAGGUCCUGGAGGUUUUCAAUAUGGAAAUAAAGGCAUGACAACUAAUCAAAAAAAAUAUAAACAA